UUUCCUUGUGCCCCCCUUUGAGGCUUUGACAAACAAAUAAUCGAGACAUUUUACCAUUUUCUGUGGCUUUCCAGCAUUCACCUUUCUAUCCAAACGGAUUGAUUAUUUUCUGGAAUCCUAACAGAAUGAGGUGGUCCAGCUUAGCUCCAUUGCAGAAGGCACAGGUUCCAUUUAUAGUUUGCAAGAAAAGAGAAAGAGAAAGGGAUCAAAAGCAAGCCUAUAAAGUUAUUGAAAUCACCCCACCUCCCAAACAUCUUGGUACCCGUUGCUUUCCUCCUAACCUUCAGUGUGGAGAGAGUGUGACUAUUGAAGGACAAACUUACACAAUCUCAGCCGUUACGCACAGGUAUCACCUCCGAAAGGGAAAAUACGAACCCAGCGAGAAGAGGCUUGAUGUUCUAUCUACUGGAAGACACAUUUUGAACUUGUAUUUUGAAAAUUUGCUGCAGAAAUCAUAAUUUAUUUGGAACAGGAUUAAGAAAAAAAAAAUGUAAUUAAUAGUCUAAAGCUCUAUAAUCCUUGUAAACCAUAAUCUUCGAUUGACUAAUUAUGAAUUAUUGUGUUUGAGGUGGA